GCUCCGCUCCUGUUGGCGGGCCUCGGUUGGCCUCUGGGAGCGUCCGGUCUGGAGCUGGACUAGGUGUCCUGCGGGCACUGCGACCUCGGCGGGAGGAUGCGGGUGGCGGUGGCCGGCUGCUGCCACGGCGAGCUGGACAAGAUCUACGAGACGCUGCUGUGGGCCGAGCGGCGGGGCCCGGGGCCGGUGGACCUGCUGCUGUGCUGUGGCGACUUCCAGGCUGUGCGCAACGAGGCCGACCUGCGCUGCAUGGCCGUGCCGCCCAAGUACCGCCACAUGCAGACCUUCUACAGGUAUUAUUCUGGAGAGAAAAAAGCCCCGGUUCUCACAAUCUUUAUCGGAGGAAACCAUGAAGCCUCAAAUCAUUUGCAGGAGUUACCAUACGGCGGUUGGGUGGCACCAAACAUUUAUUAUUUAGGUUUGGCAGGCGUGGUAAAAUACCGAGGCGUAAGAAUUGGUGGGAUAUCUGGAAUCUUUAAAUCUCAUGACUACCGAAAAGGUCAUUUUGAGUAUCCACCAUAUACUUCAUCUACAGUAAGAAGCAUCUAUCAUGUGAGAAAUAUUGAAGUCUAUAAACUAAAACAGCUGAAGCAACCAAUGGAUGUUUUCUUAUCCCAUGAUUGGCCAAGAAGUAUUUAUCAUUAUGGAAACAAGAAGCAACUUCUUAAGACAAAGUCUUUUUUCCGACAAGAAGUGGAAAACAACACAUUAGGCAGUCCUGCAGCCUCGGAGCUUUUAGAGCACUUAAAGCCUACUUACUGGUUUUCUGCGCACCUUCACGUGAAGUUUGCGGCCUUGAUGCAGCAUCAGGCUGAGGACAAAGAAAAACCAGCCAAAGCAACAAGAUUUUUAGCCUUGGACAAAUGCUUACCGCAUAGAGACUUUCUUCAGGUAAUAGAAAUAGAACAUGACCCCAGGGCUCCUGAUUACUUGGAGUAUGAUAUUGAAUGGCUCACCAUUCUCCAGGCUACUAAUGAUCUUAUUAAUGUGACGGAGCGCUUGUGGAAUAUGCCAGAAAAUAAUGGACUGCACACAAGGUGGGAUUACAGUGCAACAGAAGAAACUAUGAAAGAAGUAUUGGAAAAAUUGAAUCAUGACCUCAGAGUUCCAUGUAACUUCAGUGUAACAGUGGCAUGCUAUGACCCCAGCAAACCCCAGAACCAAAUGCAGCUGGUUCAUACGAUCAAUCCUCAGACUACUGAGUUUUGUGCCCAACUUGGCCUCACAGACAUUAAUGUCAGGCUGCAGAAGGCCAGUGAAGAACCUCAUUUGCGUGAUGAAUCUGAAGAGCAGGAGGACGUGGAGAGCAGUGACUCAGGAGAACCGAGUGAAUAUAACACAGACACCUCUGCACUCUCUUCUAUCAAUCCUGAUGAAAUAAUGUUAGGUGAAGAAGAUGAGGAAGAGGAAGAAGACAGCAUUACAAGUGCACGAAGUGACAUGAAUACCCCAUCCGUAGAGCCUUCAUCUGAUCAAACGUCGGACUUUUCAGCAAGCUUCUCUGAUGUCAGGAUCUUGCCAAGUUCUAUGAUUGUAUCUGAUGACACUUUGGGUUCCCCAAUUGCUAGAGAGGGGACACCUGGGGAGCCCGAGGAGUCAGGGAGUGGGAAGGACUUGACUGGGGUGCCAUUGAAGAGGCUGAGCGAUGAACACGAACCUGAACUAAGAAAGAAAAUUAAGAGGAGGAAUCAAGCCAUUUAUGCUGCAGUAGAUGAUGAUGAUGCAGCAUAAGAUGAUGAUGAUGCAGCAUAUAAUUGUCUUAAUAUUUUAUAGAGAUACUUGAUUCUCAGAGACCAUAUUUUUUUAAGAGCUGAAUUUUUGACUCAAGAUUUAGUUUUGUAAUAAAGAAGCAACUGUUGGAUAACUUUAAUUGACUUGUCUUUAGGCCGUAUGUUUCAGAUACAAGCAUAUUAAAAUUUCCUGUACUUACUUGAUUGACUACAUUUUUCCAAGGCAUAUAUUAUCCACUUCCAUUUUUUUCACAAGUACUUAAUGAGCACCAACUUUGUGCCAGUCAUUCUUUUAUAAGAUAGGAACAUUGCAUUGAGUAAAAGGAUACUUUGCCUUCAAUAAGUUUUCACUAAUAUGAAUAUUUUGGUGUAUAAAAUAUGAUAUGUAUAUGUUUACUAAGUCACAUUGUAUAUACAUUUAUGUAUGUGUUCUUUUCAUUUAUUAUCAAUAUUUCCCCCAGUCAACUCUUAAUGUUUGUCAAAUAUAUAUUGAAAUUGAAGAAGGUAGUCUGGUUUCAGAGAUAAGUUCCUUAUCAAUACAAUAAACAUUGAUAAGCACACAAUCUUACACUUAACUGUUGAGAUUAAUGUAACCAAGUUAACUUUCCUGUAUUAUAUCUUAGCUUUAGCUGUAACUUCUGUAACUAA